UCACAGAACAGAGAACAUUUCCAAGAAAUGUGAUUAAUAUUUGAUCAAAGCAGCUUUAUGCGGUGGUGUCAUGCUCUUUCUGCAGGAACUACUGCGCUGCACUCGUUUCUUGCCCUUCAUCCUGCAAUUACCAGCAGCUUCCCUAGCCCCGUCACCUUUGAGGAGGUGCAGUUCUUCAGCGGACCAAACUACCAGCGUGGCAUUGACUGGUAUAUGGAUUUUUUCCCCAUACCAUCAAACGUGAGCACAGACUUUCUGUUUGAGAAGAGCGCAAACUACUUUGACACUGAAGUUGCCCCAAAGAGAGCAGCCGCCCUGUUACCAAGAGCCAAAAUCAUUUCUAUACUCAUCAACCCUGCUGACCGCGCGUAUUCCUGGUACCAGGUGCGUUUGGUUAGUUAGCAUGAUUCCGA